UGCGUUUUAUUUUCAGCUCAGGCUUGUGCUGAUGUUCUGGCGUUAGCCAAAGAAGCUAGAAAGCGAAAUCUUGGUCCUCUUCAUCCUUCCUUUAAUGUGAUAAAGAUAAUAAGAGAUGGACUGAUGAGAAAUCUUCCAGAAAACACUCACCAGUUAUCAUCAGGCAGACUGUGUAUUUCACUGACCAGAGUAUCAGAUGGUAAAAAUGCAUUGAUAUCUAAUUUUAACUCUAAAGAAGAAGUUGUCCAGGCUUUAAUCUGUAGUUCAUUCGUACCUAUUUAUUGUGGGCUAAUUCCUCCGUCAUUUAGAGGUGUGCGCUACGUGGAUGGAGGAAUCAGUGACAACUUACCUCACUAUGAAUCUAAGAAUACCAUCACAGUUUCGCCUUUUGCUGGGGAGUGUGAUAUCUGCCCAAAGGGGAAUUCUGCCAACUUUCAUGAAAUGAAUGUGACCAACACCAGCAUUCAGCUCAGUCUGGGGAACCUUUAUCGUUUAACACAAGCACUNUUUCCACCAGAACCUAAGGUACUAGGAGAGAUCUGUGAGCAAGGAUAUUCAGAUGCUCUUAAAUUCUUGAAAGAGAACGGUAUUCUGAAUGACUCAAUUUAUAUCCACUUGUCCUUCACAAGAAGAAAUCCUCAUGAGGCUGUGCAACACCUUGACCAUAUGAAAAGGAAAGAAUUGACGGAAAAUAACAGAGUAGAAAGCUUGAAAAUGGAAGUACUUAAUGACCAGCUGAAGCAAAAUCCAUGGCCUUUGGAGAACAGCAUAUUUGAGAGUCUACCUCCUAGACUUCGCAAAGCACUGCAGGAAGCUUGUAAAGAACAGAGUGGAUUCUAUGCUCAGUUCUCUAAACUCUUCCCAAUGCGGGUGAUAUCCUAUCUGAUGCUACCAUAUACGCUACCAGUGGAGUCUGCUUACUCUGUUGCUUUACGGUUAGUAAACUGGUUUCCUGACAUGCCUGCUGAUGUUCGAUGGAUGCAAGAACAGCUUUGUCGGAUUGCUGGUACAGUUUAUUCCCAGGCUAAAAGCAAGCUAUUCUGUACAUCGAGGAAAGACAAUUUUGCAUCACUAAGAAAAUGUCAGACUGUCCCAUCUACUAUGGAACUUCAUUCUUCAUAUUGCCACCUUAAAAUGCCUCACUCUUCUGCGGACCUUGAGACCUGGCUCUGGGAAUCUUCAUGCUUCAUGCACUCAGCUAUGAAAAAUGUUCCUGCUAACAAGCAGGAGCAUUCAGACUUAAACUCCUACCCUAAUUUUCUUCCAAAUUCUGAUGAGUCUGGGUUGGAAAUGGAUUUUGACUCUUCCUCAGAGACAAGUUUCCAAACUGCUCCAGAGUAUUAAUUUGGAAGUAGACUCCACAGUUUCCAAAAUUCCAAUUUGGCAGAGAAAUUUUAAUCCUGAAGGACUAAAGAUCACUUUGUGUAUUGCCAAUAAGUCUUGAAAAACUAUUUGUUUACAGCUUCCUGACAAAUCUGCCUUGGGAGUUCUGCUGUUUUAAGGGUUAUGAAAACUGGCCGCUAUACUAAGUAACAGACUACAGUUCUGUUGAAGCACCAGCUUAGUCAACU